AUGUCGACAAAGCAAGAGAAUGAGAGCUCUGCGAGCAACUCUCCCAAGAGCAACACCCCGGCUCCCUCGACAACGACCAGCAACACCUCUCAGUCAGCCAACAGCACUAGCGCCGAGGACAACCUCAUCUGCAAGUGGAACGCCUGCAACCUUAAGUUUGUCUCACCCGAGGCUCUCUAUGAGCACAUUUGCGAGCGCCAUGUCGGCCGCAAGAGCACCAAUAACCUCAACUUGACUUGCCAGUGGAACUCAUGCAGAACGACCACCGUCAAGCGUGACCACAUUACUUCUCACAUUCGCGUGCACGUCCCGCUUAAGCCUCACAAGUGCGAGUUCUGCGGCAAGUCAUUCAAGCGUCCCCAGGACCUGAAGAAGCACGUCAAGACCCACGCCGAUGACUCGGUGCUCGUCCGCUCGCCUCAGGACCAAGGCCUGAACGGUUACCGGGCGCAGCCAGGCAAAGCUUCUUCUAGCUACUAUGAUCAUAAUGGCCACAUUCGGACUAACUCGGCCGCCUUCGCACAUCAGGCUGGGCAUGCUAGCUACUAUGCACCCCAACCAUCUACAAACUAUGGACUGUACUUCAACCAACAACCCCUGAAUCCUCCCCGAACUGAGUACAUUGGCCACCACGGCGGCUACGACAACCGCAAACGCGCCUUCGACAUGGUCGACGACUUCUUCGCCCACGCCAAGCGCCGCCAGGUCGACCCUACCUCCUACCAGCAAGUCGGCCGAUCCCUUCUCCCGCUUCACGGCGCCCUCGGCCUGCACACCGGCCCCAUGCCCGGCUCCGACUACAUGGCCGCCCAGCCCCAGCACCACGUCCAGCAGCACGUCCAGGGCCCUCCCUCCGGCCCCGGUCCCCUCACUCAGCAGUACUACUUGCCGCCUAUGCCCAAUGCCCGCACCAAGAACGACCUGGUCCAGAUCGACCAGAUCCUCGAGCAGAUGCAGAGCACCGUCUAUGAGAACGCGAACCAGGCCACCCAGGGCAUCCACAUCCACGGCCAGAACACGUUCGACCUCCGCCACAGCCCCUCGCCCCCGGGCGGCCACCGCGGCUCCCACGCCGGCAUGUCGGUCUCCCAGGACGGCUACCACGCCGUGUCCGCUGCUCACAUGGCGUCGCCACUCACCGCCGUUUCCUCGACUGGGACCCCCGCCGUCACACCUCCCUCGAGCACCAUGUCCUACACCUCUGGUCACUCGCCCAGCCCCUCUUCUUCCGUCAACCGCAUCCACUCUCGGCCCCAGCUUCGACAGCAACGAGCGCAGACGCUACUCUGGAGGCAUGCUCCAGCGCGCCGCCCCUCGUCGCCCAAGUCUCCCCUCAUCUUGGAGGACUCCUCCGGCGUCACCACUCCCAAGGCCGAGUCCAUCGCUUCAUCCGUCGGCUCUCCCUCUUCCGAGUCCGACAUGAGCGAGGGUGCCCGCGAGCGCGAGGAGAAGUACGACCAGUGGCUCGAGAACAUGCGUACCAUCGAGGCCCUCCGUGAGUACAUCCGCGACCGCAUCGACCGCAGAGAGUACUCCGAGGAGCCCGCCGAGCAAGGGUCCAAGUCUCCCGUGGCCAGCCGCCUCAAGUCUCCCGAGCCGAUGGAGGUUGAUGCCAAGCCCAGCCCGGCAGCGCCGCUCUACCCCGUCCUGCGUAUGCCGAACUGA